AUGUACGGCCACCCUUUCACUUUCCGCGGCGCCCAUCGACAGCCGCGGCCCCCGCCGCACUCCUCCAACGCCACAAACCCUAACAACAUCUUCUCCCAACCACCGCUGCCGCAGUAUUCUCCGAAUGUCCCUAACCACAAGAACGCCUUCUGCCGGCCACCACCGCCAACUUUCCCAUUCCCCAACACCGGUUGCCUUUUUCCUCCUCAGAACCCAACCCCUCCGCCCCCAAACCCUAAACUCACCAUCGAACAUGCUGACCGCGCCGCCGCCACCGCCUGCCGUGACCUCCUCGCCGCUGGGAACUCCGUCUCGGCGUGGGAGGUCUCCCAGAAUGCUCUCGUGACGCUCCAACUGGAUUCUUGGAACUCUUUGGGCAUCAAGAUGCAGCAGGUGCCGUCGCUUCACCGCCUUAUGAUCACCGAAGGCAAGGUGAAUGCUUUUAUCCAUUGCUUUGUUGGGGUCCGGAGGAUCGUUUCCUUGUAUGAUUUGCAAGUGGCAAUAUGCAAAAAUGAGGGUGUUGAUAACUUUGAAGCGCUAGGGUUGGGACCUUUGUUGCAGCAUCCCUUGGUUAUUCAUUAUUUCUCCCUUCGCUCUGAUUUCACCCAGGUGUUUAAGAUAACCAGUGAGGAGAUAAUACAGUUGUUGAGUGAGUUUUUGGAUGCUUCUAGAAGUAAGGAAUUUAUCAAGGUUGAACAGUUUUUGGAUUUUAUUGCCAAGCAACGAUUGGUUAAGUGCAAGGAAUGGCUUGGGAUUCGGAUUCGGAACUUGGGAAUGCAUAUAUCUGCCAUACGAGAAGCUAGAACAUCAGAGCAAUCAACACUAGAGAAAUACUUGAAGACCUUAAAUUUGAAGAAUGAUAAGUUCGGGAAGCAUCCUCUUUCUUCCUCUCAGAAAAAACAGUUAGAUGAACGUUUUAAUGCUAUUACUCAGCGUGUUGAGUCUUUUUCUCCUCUAAAAAAGUCUUUUUGUGGAAAGCAUAUAAGAUUUAUGUCAUCAAGUUCAGAAGAUGAAGAUAGUGAUUCUUCUGCAGAUGAACAAAGUAAUAAUAUUAUGGGUAGCCAGUCAAACCCAUCAUCACAAUUCACUAGAAGUUCAGAACGAGUGAGUAGUUGUCCUUACCCAUCUGCAACUGAAGAGAUGGCACGACUUGGGGUGAGGAGUGAUAUGGUGGGACACUCCCUUGUUAAUAGCAGUCUUAAAAAUGGAUUUAGUGAGCAACCUAGGAAAAAAAGAAAAUUUGAAAAUGUAACUUCUACAAAAUCUGCUCCUUAUAAGUUGAGAAAGAGACGUGUUGUAACCCCAAUCAAUAAUGGUAAUGGAACAGUAAAAACCAAGGUAUCAAUCAAUAUGGAAGGAGAUCUUUCAAUCCCUAAUAAUUCUUUGCAGUUGUUUAUCACAACCUGGAAGGAGGCAUGUUGUGAGCACAAGGUUGCUGAGGUUUCAUCUAUCAAAUCUGGAAUGCGCAACAACAUGUAUGAUGCUUUCCAAGAUAUCAUUGAUAACAAAUUAAGUAACUCCCCAACCAAGCUUUCUUCAGAAUAUGAGACCAUAGAUGUUGAACCAAGCGAGGAAAAUGUGCCCCUUAUAACAAAGGAUAACAUAGGGAAUCCAAAGUUUUCCAUAACUAGUCAAAAGCACAAAUAUUACAAUGAAUGGCAAUUGGAACUUAAUAAGGCUUAA